AUGCAUUGGGUGGUGCUGGCUGCCGUGCUUGCGCCCUGUCUUCACGCUAAUUUGUUCUAUCUGGAGAGUGACGAACGAUGUGUCAGAGAUCAGUGCCCUCAGGCCGACUACUUUCACUACUACAAUUGUAAUGAGACGCGGUGCGACUUCCAUUUGCAGGUACAUUACUUUUAGUAGGUAAUAUGGAAGAGUAUAUGAAGACAUUUAUAGCUCGAUAAUGACCGAAAACUUAUAAAAGUCCGCCGGUAGGAAAUAAAAUUUACACCCACCUCUCCCAGCUUCAUACACUACCUAAUGCACCCCUGAUUUCAGCCGUGGCUGUUCGCCGUAGUAGCAUUCAUCGUCAUAUCAUUCUUGUUGUCGCUAGUCUGCACGUUGCUCAACUGCAUUUGUUGCUCCGACAGACGCUAA